GGAGCGGAUUUUACGACCAUUGGCGCGGUCGAGGAUCAACGCGGCUCGGCGCUGUAGAUACUGUAGCAGGCUGUUCAUUGUUAUCCUGAGGCGCGAAAGAAACAUUUUACGUUCGAACCACUACAAUCAUUUCUACUUCUAAAGCAACGGAGAACAUGAGUUCAAUUAACGUGAAGAAGCUGAAGGUGAACGAGCUUAAGGAUGAGCUGAAAAAGCGUCAGCUUUCGGACAAGGGCUUGAAGGCCGAGCUCAUGGACCGGUUACAGGCCGCGCUCGAUGCCGAGGCCCAAGCCGGAGACGCCGCGCUCGAUGCGGAAGAUGAAGAGGAGGAAAAUGGCGCCGAGGGGCAUGCCGCUGAGGUCGAACAAGAAUGCAUGGCCGAAGAGUUGGAGGAGGACGAAGAGCCUGCGGGCGAGAACAUGGAGGCCGAGGAGGAAAAUGGAGGCGGCGGCGUGCCGGAGAGCACACAGGGCAACUGCGAGGAGGACCUUGGGCAGGACGACGAAAUGGCCGACGAAGAGGAGGAAGAUGGAGACGCCGGGAUUGAGAUAGACAAAGCGUUCGACGACGAGGAGGAAGACGACGACGACGCCGCCGACAAAAUCGAUGAAGAAGAUGGUGAGCAAGAGUCGCAGCCGACUGAGGGAGAUGCGGACAAAGACAUCAGUGCUGAUCAGAAGAAUAAGAAGGGUGUUAAGAGACGCCGAGAGGAACAUGGAAGGGGCUACUUUGAAUUUAUUGAAGAAAGCAAAUACAGCCGGGCCAAAUCUCCCCUGCCACCUCUGGAGGAAGAGGAUGAGGAGUUUGAUGAUACUCUGGUGUGUCUGGACCCAUACAACUGUGACCUACACUUCAAAGUGUCACGAGACCGCUACAGCGCCACUUCACUCACGAUGGAGAGCUUUGCCUACCUUUGGGCAGGUGGCCGAGCUUCCUAUGGUGUGAGCAAAGGCAAAGUCUGCAUUGAAAUGAAGAUUCUUGAGAAGAUCCCUGUGAAGCAUGUGAAGAGUAAAAACAUGGAUGUCCAUGAUGUGCAGAUUGGCUGGUCCCUGGCUAAUGGCAGUUUACUGCUAGGUGAGGAGGAGCAUUCUUAUUCAUUCGCUAUCAAGGGGAAGAAGACGACAAAUUGUGCGACUGAAGACUACGGCGAGGCUUUUGAUGAAAAUGAUGUUGUUGGCUGCCUUAUUAAUUUUGAUGGGGAUGAAGUCGAAAUUUCAUAUUCUAAGAAUGGGAAGGACCUUGGCGUGGCAUUCAAAGCCAGUAAAGAGGCUCUGGCUGGACGUGCUCUGUUCCCCCAUGUCCUCUGCCACAACUGUGCUGUGGAGUUUAACUUUGGGCAGAAGGAGACGCCGUAUUUUCCUCAGCCAGAGGGCUUCACCUUCCUCCAGCAAAUCGCUGUGGAUGAGCGUGUGCGUGGACCCAAGGGGCCCGAGACCAAGAAAGACUGCGAGGUUAUUGUCAUGGUUGGCCUUCCUGGAUCAGGGAAGACCACAUGGGUGACGAAACAUGUCGAGGAGAACCCUGGGAAAUACACAAUUCUGGGAACUAACACCAUUGUGGAGAAGAUGAUGAUUAACAGUUUGAAGCGACAGAACAAAGACACAGCAAAACUCACUGCCAUCUCCCAAAGUGCACCUCUCUUCCUUGGAAAGUUCAUUGAGAUUGCUGCCCGCAAGAAGAGGAACUACAUUUUGGAUCAGACCAACGUUUCUGCUGCUGCCCAGAGGAGGAAGAUGUGCCUAUUUGCUGGCUUCCAGCGCAAAGCUGUUGUGCUCUUGCCCACAGAUGAGGCUUACAAGGAGCGCACUCAGAAGAAAGCCGAAACUGAUGGCAAAGAUGUCCCUGAACAUGCUGUGCUAAAGAUGAAGGGCAUAUACACACUGCCAGAAGUGGGCGACUGUUUCUCAGAGGUCACGUAUGUGGAGCUGCAGAAGGAGGAGGCUGCCAAGCUCUUGGAGCAAUACAAAGAGGAGAGCAAGAGUGCCCUGCCUCCAGAGAAGAAGCCUAACCAAGGCACACCCAAGAAAGGUGGUGCUCGUAGCCGAGGGGGCAAAGGCCAGUUCAACAGGGGUGGUGGCCCUCCACGAGGGGGCAGAGGAGGUUUCCAGAAUCGUGGCAAUUUCAGAGGAAUGCCUGGUCCCCGUGGAGGCUUCCAUCGGCCGCCCCGAGGUGCUCUGCCACCUCCUGCCUUUAGAGGUGGCUACCCAAGCCGUGGCAGCUUUGGCCGAGGUGCUGGAGGACCCCCCAACAGAAGCAUGGUGCCUAGAGGAGCUCCUGCAAGAGGUGGCAUGGGUGGCAUCUCGAACAGAGGUGGAGCCAUGAACCGUGGAAAGCCAAUGCACAGGGGCAACAUGAACCGUGGGGGUGGACACGGUGGUGGACCCAGCAGGGGCAAUUUCAACCAGAAAUUCCGUGGACGCGGAGGAAACCAGCAGAAUCGUGGUGGAUUUGGCAACAGGAAUGGAAACUUUGGCAUGAAUAAAGCCCAAGCCUUCAAUCAGAGCUGGCAGCAGGGGUUCUGGAACCAGAAGCCAUGGAGUCAGCAGUACCACCCAGGAUAUUACUAAGCGGGCUUUUGUAUUAAAGACUGGUGGCAUGUGGAGGACUUGCAGAGCCCCAAAUUAUCUACUUUUACUGUCUUUUAAAAAAAAAAAAGAAAAGAAUAAAACGUGUUUUAAGAUAAUUUACACGUGGACAUGCAUUCCACAUCCCAACAUCAGGUCCCCUGUAGAUGUGAGGGCUUCCCUUUUCCAUACCUGUUUGUAAAAAACGUUCUCCCUCUCUCCUUAUUUUAGACCUCAUGUUUUGAUAUAUUGAUGCAAGAACCACAUUGUUUUGUUUGUUCUGCAUGGGAUGCUUUUGAAUUUCAGAGUUGUGGAUUUUAUUGUCAUUUUUACUCAAUGUAAAUUAUUAUUUUGCAAGUAUGUUUUCGUUUAAGGAUCAUGGCAGAUAUCAUGGUCACAUUUUAGAGGCUAUUAUAGGCAGUUGUAGUGAUUUAGCAGCAGAAAGCCUAUUUGUUCGUCAGAAAAACAUUCUAUUUUACCCAUAACUCGUUACUUUUCCUGUCAUUUUGUGUUUCAGUCCAAUAUGUACAAGUUAAACUCCAUAGGUUUACAAUAAAUGGGUUAUUGCUUUUGUACAACUUGGGUGGUUUUUUUUUUGUUUUGUUUUGUUUUUUCUUCCACUUCUACAAGCUACAUCAAAUAAGUUAGUCUUUUGAAGAAGUUGAUUUCACUUAUCUCCAGCCCUUCUGGGCUUUAGAAUAUGAAACCUUAAGAGAAAUUCUGAGCUUAUUAUUAAACUUGGUUAUCUCUGAAAGAUACCUUGUACAGAGGCACUGAUCCUACUCAUAUUGGAGGUUUUUGUCACAUACUCACACCACAUUGAUCAGGUCUGUUCAUAAGCCCCGUAAUGAUAUUUUUAGUGCAAGCACUACUUUAUUAGUAACCUUGCAAUAUGUUACACAAACUGCAACUUCUUAAGUGUAUUAUAGGCCUACAUGCUUCUAGUUGUAGGAAACAAUUUCUUCUGACUGGCCAAGCAAAGUUUUACCUGCUUUAUAGAAACGUCAAGCAUGUCAUUACACUCCAAUUGAUAUAUAAAGAUCUAUUGAGUGUCCAUAUCAGUGCAGAUCCAUUACACCAUUUUAUUUUGAGUGUGUACAGGGAGGAGUAGAACAUGUAGAACUGCCCAGUAUGUAGCCACUGAUGGAAUAUUAUUUCUUUUGCAGCUGGUUUCAAAAAUUUAUCAUGAACAAAAGUCUGUCAGUACCAAGAUCUUGUUACUUAGCAGCCUUGUUCUUUUAUGUAUGAAUGUUUUUGUCUUUGAGUGGUGCAAUUCUCGGUAUGUGGUGGAAAAAGACCACCAAUAUCUUGGCAGCUAUUUUAUUAACUGAUUAGAAAACUCGCACCAUACUCAAGUUUGUGCUUAACCAUUGCGCAUUCUAAACAGGUAUAUCACACUGGCAUUUCUUUCCCCUUUAAAUUAGGCCUUUUCCCUAUAAAUACUGUAUUAAUAUACUUUUGGAAGAGCAUGAGAGUUGAGAAUCUUACAUGAGUGGGUUUAAGGCAUUGUGGCUUGAUGCAUUAAAAGUGUCCUUUGAUUUACUUAUAAAGUUUUGUAUUGUGCUAUUUAUCUUACAAGGUUAACCUGUUCUAGUUUGAUAUUGCAACAGUGUCCAUGGAGUUAAAGGCUGUAAUAAACAUAUGAAAAGGU